AUGCUGUCUCGUUUCUUCAAGCCCUGUCAUGCGCCUGAGCCGCCAACCAGGGCACAAGGAACACACGAAAAUGACAACCGAUCUCGAUUAGCAAGACGAGCAAAUGUUGAUGUGUGGCUCAAUCGAGAUGGAUUAUCGUUUGAUAUGGUCAUCGGUGGUUGUACCUGUCCUCCAUGUACACUUCGAGAUUUCAUGAACUAUUUGAUAUAUGUUGAGAGGAAUGCCGAAAACCUGCAGUUCUUUCUAUGGUAUCGGGACUACGCUCGACGUUUCUACUUGAUUGCUGAAAGCCAACGACAACUUUCUCCGGAGUGGACCGGUAAAAAGAGCCCAAAGGCAGAUGUUCAUGCCGUUCAACCCACCACGAAUGACCAGAAACCUCCAUCCCAAGAUGUCACAGCCGUCACUGAAGGAUCUCAAUCCACCUACACUGCGCCUCCCGGCACCGGUAUUCCAAACUCUGAUGACCCUGAUUGCACAUUGAGAACUCCACCCGUGACGGAUGGACUCGAUUGUGGCUCAAGCCCACUAGUAGAGGAGAUGGGGGCAGAAUGUUCUGCAAACGAGGCUGCCAAAACGACUAACGAAGCACCCCAGGCAGCUCAAGAGACAAGAUCAAAAUGCAACAACCGAUCCCUAGUGAUCCAAGUUGAUAUGACAAGGGUGAAAAAGGAAAAUCUGACCAGCGUUCAAGUAGUCAUCGCACAGCCCUUCCGAAAAGAGAUCAGCAAAAUUUACGCGACUUAUAUCGCUAAUGGCGCCAGUCGGCAGCUGAACUUGACUUCGAAGGAACGUGAAAAUCUCAUGGGAGCCAUGGAGUGCACAACGCACCCAUCAGCGUUCAAGCAAGUGGUGGACCAAGUGGAAUGGACCCUUCGCCACCAUUCAUAUCCCAAUUUUAUUCGCUGGACGCUGAAUAAUUGCAACCGCCAUCGUGUCCUCGCUGCUCGCAUUCUCAGUACUACUACAAUGCUUUUAGGUCUCAUAGCUGGUCUUCUGCCCAUAUUCAGCUCCGCCACAAGGGCCUGGAGAGCGUUGUCGGCGUUAGUCCUCCUGCCUGGCUUGAUAAUAUUUCUCACUUCGUGUAACGGUUCUUGCAUUCUCUUUCUCUUCCUUAACCGCCGCCAUCUACAUCCCUGGGAACUCUUCUCCGAUGAAGACGAACAUACCCUAGAAAAGUUAGGAGUCGAAUCCAAGGCCUUCGACAGCACCGGUGAAAGCAAUUCCUACGAAGACGAGCCCUGGAUACCCAGAUAUCGGAGACGCAAUUUCUUCGAAAAGGUUUUCGAUCCAGAUACUAGAAUUCAGGACCCGGUUCUUCGUCGCAUGCACUUUAUGAUCCUCCUCCGCAUUUCCAUCGCCUCCGCGGUUAUCACUGCUAUCCUUGUGACUAUAUUCGUCUCUGUGCCUAAGGGGAAUUACUUCUGA